UUCUAUUUAUUUAUUUAUCCACCGUUUGAUUGCUGGUUUAUCCCUUGGAUCCGAACCAAAUAUGAAAUUGCUGCUUGACUCCUCCUCAUCCCUCCUCUUCUCGCUGCUAUUGGCUCAUCUGCCUGUGUUCACGUCUGCCUCUCCAGUGCCACCCCGGCGGCCCACUGACAUGGAUAAACUGUCCAAUCAGACCAAAAAUCUAAUGAAGCUCACCCAAGAACUGCUGAGGGAGCAUGCAUUUGACUCAGACGUGGAGCCCCACAGGUUCAGGUCUCUGCCAGAAAUGAGCAACAGAUCAGCCAAUGACCUCACCAACCUUGAGCUGAAGCCCACACUGUCUCAGCUGCACGCUGACCUGAAGCUGUACGAGCAUCACUUUGAGUGGCUCAACAGGGUUUCAAAGAAGCACCACCACCCUGCGCUGCCCAAGCUGGUGGAGAUGAUCAGAGAAAUGAAAUCUCUCAGUAAUCUGCUUCACCGUCAGAUGCUGAGAGUUGAAGCACCAAGGCUGACUCAGGCGACCCCCUCCCUCCCCCCUCACCUCCCCUUUCAGUUUGAUGUCCUGCAGUCCACCCAUGAGCUUCUUCAACAUUUCAAGCUCUUCUGUGAUUGGGCAUACAGAGCAUUCCUUAUCCUCAAGCCCAAAGUCACUGCAGUACAAUGA